AUGCACAUAUUAUAUUUACCGUUCAAAUUACUGACAUUGACUGGCAUUUGGAUGCCAGAAGAUUGGACCCAAAAACAGCAAAAACUUAUAUGGGUUCUAUAUUCCAUGGUAUCGAUUGGUUUGGUGUUCAUGCAAUUAAGUUCUCAGAUCGGCUAUCUGAUGCAGUCCAAAACCUGGGCCCAGGUCAACGAAAGGCUCUUUUUCAUACCAACGGGAAUUUCUAGCGUCCACAAAAUCUUUAUUUUCAUAGUGCAUCGUAAGGACUUAAUCAGCUUGGGCAACAUGCUUUUGAAGGAAUAUUGUAUCCCGCGUAAUGCCGAAGAAUUAUCUAUUCAAGAAAGAUACAACGAGAUCAUCAGGGUUUUGACAUUGGCUUGUGCUUUUUUAGUCAACGUCACCAUGAUGAAUCUUGUCACCUUACCUCUGGUUACUAGCGGAGAUAAUCGAACGCUGCCUAUGAGAGUUUGGUUACCUUACAAGGUGGAUUCUGAUAUGUCUUAUUGGUUGUCAUAUGCUCAUCAGACUGUGGGUAUAGUUUUUGUUGGCACUGGUGCUGUUGGCAGUACUUUGAUGAUCAAUGGUUUUAUGUAUCAAGUUUGCUGCCAGUUCGAAAUUCUGAGUUCUCGCUUCCAGAAUCUACCUCUGAUCAUUGAAAAAUUUCAGUCGUUAAAGAAACCUAACCAAUUAAUUUAUCGAUAUGAAAAGAGAGUGAUGAGGCAAAACAUUCGUCAUCAUCUCUAUAUAUUCAGGUUUGCAGAAGCUCUUAAUAAAAUUUUUAAGUCUGUGAUAUUUCAACAAUUUUGUUUGAGCUCCAUUGUGGUCUCUGUAAGUAUAUACCAGUUGUCAACGAGACCGGAGAAAGAUUUGGAAUUCAUCAUGGUUUUCUUCUAUUUGGUUUGUGUUCUUGUUGAAUUUUUAGUUUAUUCUUGGUUCGGGAACGAACUCAUGUUAGAGAGUUUGAAUUUUCAACAAACAAUUUACGAAAUAGAUUGGACAUCUCUAAGUACACGCUCCAGUAGAGAUUUGGUGCUAAUAAUGAUGAGGGCUUCUAAGCCGAUUAUAAUGUACUGUGGACAUUUCAUUGUUUUGUCUCUCGAAUCGUAUAUUGGCAUUUUGAAAGUAUCGUAUUCUGUAUUCAAUAUACUGAGAAUGUCAGAAGAAUGA